UGAGAUUUGAUGUGGAAGUAACCAAAUCAUGCGCACUUCAGACUUACGUGGCAGAGUGAAGUGUAAAAGUGAUGUCCUUUAUUUAUUUACCUUUUUAAGAAGAUUUUUAGUUAAAUUUGAAUUGGUAAUUUAAAAUGAACCCACAAUAUCUGCCUCCACAACAGUUUGGAGGUCCACCACAGGGUUUUCCUCCCACUAGCAGAGUAUCCCCAAAUACAACAUUUCAAAGUGCUCCUGUUGGUCCUCCAAAACCUGGUCAACUUCCUCCUCAAAGUGAUCAUCAUGCAGCUCCAACAGGUCCACUGAAUUCCAUGGGACAUCCUACGAAUAGUCUGCAAGGUCAAUUUCCACCAAAUUUAAGCGGCCAACAACCCAGACCACCAAUUCCAUCCAGUCAGUUGCCACCAUCAGUGGGACAUGACAUGAGUAACUCAUUUGGACCUUCACCAACAAAAAAUGAUAGUAUUCCUCCAAGUAAUCUACAAAAUGGGCCUCCUCAGUUUCAGAACGGACCUCCACAAUUCCAGAAUGGACAGUCAGUUCCUCCGACAAGUCAACCAAACAGACCACCCUCUAAUUUCAUGCCUCCAAAUCAGAACCAGUUUGCACCUUCCCAAACAUCAAAUCAAAACAUGCCUCCCAGACCUUCAUCUAAUCAGUCAAAUAGUAUGGGACAACCUCCUCUGCCAAGUGGCCCUCCCUCUCAAUUUGGACAACCACCAUUGUCAACAGCACCACCAUCAGUUUCAAAUGCUUCACCAUUGAUGUCAACUGGACCUCCAACAUUAUCAAAUGUGCCUCCAACGUUAUCUAGUGGGCCUCCAACAAGUGGUUCUCCUCAAACAGGCCAUUUAGGUGCUCCACCAAAUCAAUCUCCCUUGUCUGGAGGAGUUCCACCUCAAAUGGGACCUAAUCAACAAUUAGGACAGCCACCAUCGGCAGCUGGUCCACCAAGCCACCUUGGACAGACUUCUUUGACUAACCCCCCACCCCAUCCAGGUCAACCGAAUCUCCCCUGGCGCCCACCUCAAUCUGUAGGUCAACCUGGUGGCCCUCCUGGAUAUCCUCCAUUGCCAGGACAUCAAGGACAACCCACAUCACAGUUCGACACACAAGGUCCAAUGUCACAAAAUGGACCUCCAAACAUGUAUGGAAAUCCACCAAAUCAAUUUAAUAAUCAGAUGGGUCCUCCAAAAGUGGGACAAUUUCCUCAACAACAAAGGCCAAUGCAACCUCCCCUACCUGGACAGCCGCCUAUGCCGGGACAAGGUCCUUUAAUCAGUGCUCCAGGUCCAUACGGACCUUCUUCAGGACCAGCACACCAAAUGCCACCUCAUCAAGGACAACCACCUCAUCAAGGACAAUCACCAUAUGGACCUGGCCAAAUAACUAGUCAGUUGCAGCAAAUGAAUUUAUCUGGUCCAAAGCCGGCUUAUCCAGUACCACCAGGCGGUCCCAUGAGACCGAUGAACGGAGACAGCGGUCCGCAUAUGCCUCCAGCAAUGAACCAACCGGGAUAUAUGAAUAAUCAACAGGGCAGAGUUCCUCCUGGACCUGGUUAUCCACCGAUGCCGGGGCAAGCACCGAUGCAAGGACAAGGACACAUGCCUGGUCAAGGGCAAUACCCAGGACCUGGUGGUGGGUAUCCGCAAGGGAACUACCAACAAGCUGCGCCUGCGCAACACAAGAUUGAUCCUGAUCAUGUGCCGAAUCCAAUUCAAGUUAUCCGAGAUGAUCAGCAAGACAGGGACAGCGUUUUUGUUACUAAUCAAAAAGGACUUGUACCGCCUAUGGUAACUACCAAUUUUAUUGUUCAAGAUCAAGGAAAUUGCAGUCCACGAUUCAUGAGAUCUACCAUAUAUAAUGUUCCAAUUUCACAGGAUUUGUUAAAACAAUCUGCACUUCCAUUCAGUCUUUUAAUAAGUCCAAUGGCCAGGCAAGUAGAGCAAGAAUACCCUCCACCAAUCGUUAAUUUCGGAAGCCUCGGUCCUGUCAGAUGCAUCCGUUGCAAGGCCUACAUGUGUCCGUUCAUGCAGUUCGUCGAUUCUGGAAGGAGGUUCCAGUGUCUGUUUUGUAACGCAACUACUGAUGUUCCAACAGAAUAUUUCCAGCAUCUAGAUCAGACCGGCCUAAGAAUGGACCGCUUUGAACGACCAGAAUUGAUCCUUGGUACCUACGAAUUCGUCGCUACCCCCGAUUACUGCCGAAACAACGUUCUGCCCAAACCGCCAGCCGUCAUUUUCGUUAUCGACGUUUCAUAUAACAACAUUAAAUCCGGAAUGGUUUCCUUGUUGUGCAAUCAGAUGAAAGAGAUCAUUCAAAAUCUUCCGGUGGACCAAGGCCACGAAAAGAGCAACAUGAAAGUUGGAUUUAUUACGUAUAAUAGUUCGGUGCAUUUUUAUAAUAUCAAGGGAAGUUUGACAGCUCCACAAAUGUUGGUGGUAGGAGAUGUCCAAGAAAUGUUCAUGCCUUUGUUGGAUGGUUUCUUAUGUACUCCAGAAGAAUCGGGACCCGUAAUAGAUCUACUCAUGCAACAGAUUCCCGCAAUGUUUGCAGAUACUAAGGAAACCGAAGUCGUUUUGCUUCCCGCAAUUCAAGCUGGAUUAGAAGCCCUAAAGGCUUCCGAAAGUACAGGCAAACUUCUAGUAUUCCACUCCACUUUACCAAUAGCAGAGGCUCCAGGUAAAUUGAAGAACCGCGACGAUAGAAAAGUCUUAGGAACCGAUAAAGAAAAAACUGUCUUGACACCACAAACACAAGCAUACAACCAAUUGGGCCAGGAAUGCGUCAGCAACGGUUGCUCCGUUGAUAUGUAUAUCUUCAAUAACGCUUACAUCGAUAUAGCGACUAUUGGUCAAGUGUCUAGAUUGACGGGAGGAGAAGUGUUUAAGUAUACUUAUUUCCAGGCUGAUAUUGAUGGAGAACGUUUCAUAACAGACGUUAUCUUAAAUAUUAGUCGACCAAUAGCGUUUGAUGCUGUAAUGAGGGUUAGAACGUCAACAGGAGUGAGGCCCACUGACUUUUAUGGUCAUUUCUACAUGUCAAAUACUACGGAUAUCGAACUAGCGGCAGUAGAUUGCGAUAAAGCCAUAGCAGUCGAAAUAAAACACGACGACAAACUGAAUGAAGACACGGGGGUAUUCAUUCAAACGGCGCUGUUAUACACAUCGUGCUCAGGACAGCGACGGUUGCGAAUUAUGAAUCUUUCACUGAAGACUUGCUCACAAAUGGCCGAUCUCUUUAGAAGUUGUGAUUUAGAUACUUUAAUCAAUUACAUGAGUAAACAGGCUACGUAUAAAUUAUUGGACGGCAGCCCCAGCGUUGUAAAGGAGGGACUUGUCCACAGAGCCGCUCAGAUCUUAGCAAUAUACAGGAAGCACUGCGCAAGUCCAAGUAGCGCGGGUCAACUAAUUCUUCCCGAAUGCAUGAAGCUGCUACCGAUCUACACCAAUUGUCUUCUCAAGAACGACGCUAUCUCAGGAGGUUCGGAUAUGACCAUCGACGACAAAUCGUUCGUCAUGCAGGUGGUCUUGAGCAUGGACCUUAACUUCUCGGUGUACUAUUUCUAUCCUAGGUUAAUUCCACUACACGAUAUCGAUCCCAACCAGGAUCCUAUCACAGUUCCGAAUCCUAUGAGGUGUAGUUAUGAUAAAAUGAAUGAACAGGGAGUGUAUAUAUUAGAAAACGGAAUCCAUAUGUUCUUAUGGUUUGGUCUCGGCGUGAAUCCCAACUUUAUUCAGCAACUCUUUGGUGCGCCUUCAGCAAUACAAGUUGAUAUCGAUAGGAGUAGUUUGCCGGAAUUAGAUAACCCAUUGUCGGUAGCAGUUAGGACAAUAAUAGACGAAAUCAGGAUACAGAAACAUAGGUGUAUGAGGUUAACCCUGGUUAGACAAAGAGAAAAACUGGAACCAGUCUUCAAGCAUUUCUUAGUAGAGGACCGCGGCACAGACGGUUCAGCCAGCUAUGUCGACUUCCUAUGUCAUAUGCACAGAGAAAUCAGAAACAUCCUCAGCUAGCAUAGAAGGUGAUCCAAAGGCAGACGGAAGAUAAGAUGAUAGAAAAUCUUGAAAUUUGUACUCUGAUCCUCGAUAACAUAUUUCCUCUUGUAUAAAGUAUUAUUAAGAUCUAUUUUUGUAUAGCGCAUGCGUUUGUAAAGGGUGCCAGACGGUGGUCUUUUGGAUUUCUAGAUAUUCUAUUAUAUUAUGCAUUAUUUUGGGGUCUAGCUUGUCGGUGCUUUUACAUAUUAAAGAAAAUCAGUUUGUUUCCGUAUGCUCAGGAAACAAACAACGCUUUUUUUUCUAUUUUAUUGGUUAUUACACGUCGACAGAACUAUCUGAAACCGCCAAGGUCAGAUCGAAAACUUUCGUUACGCGACGUUGUCAGAUUAAUCGAAGUUUAAAGGUUUUCCGAUUUUUAUUUGUUACCUGUUUCACAGUAAAAUUGAUAACAAUUCUAUAACGCUUUUAAAUUUUUAUUAUGAAUCGAAAUAUUAGACGUGAUAAGUUACAGUGUAUAUUGGUUAAAUUCCUUUUGUAAAUUAUUUCAGUUAAAUACAAAUAAGGAGUCUUAAUUGUUUAUUAAUGACUUUGUGACAGGUAGUUCUUUUAGGACAACAGACUCAGUAAAACAGGUUAAAAUAAAAGUAUUGAGGAUAUUUAUAUAGUUCAGUAUUAAAAAUAACAAAAUAAAAUAUAAUUCUAUCUUCUACCAGUUGCGGAUAAAGCUCCCUAACCGGACGUCUGCAAAAGAAAAAUAAAAUUGUAUUUAUUACAGUCAUCAAAAACAUAAUAACAAUAUUAGAAUAAUACAAUACAUAACACAGUAUAUACAAUAGCAAUCACGCUACACGGAAUCAAUCUAUCUACCUACAUAAUUACACACUCAGACUCGUAGUCCAUUACACUUCAGUCCAGUGUAACCACAAUCAAAUAUCGACGCAGAGUUGCCCAUCAUUUACCGCUCACUACGGUCACGGUUCCGGCAAAGCAUCUUUUCAGUCCAAAGAAUCUUUGCCACGGCAGAGUUCCAACUCACUCCAUUGCAUAACUGCCGUUUGAGUUCUUUCCCUGUUCAGUACACCGUGUGGAACUGAUUUCAUGAUCCUCAAUUAUCUUAAGUACACUCUUGGUAACCAUCACUCCUUGGCUUCAUCGGAGAGGUAGCACGUAGUGGGGCUGCGCUGGUAUGGAAACGCGUUCGGUUCUCUGUUGACUAGCUGUCGAACGCCGAUUGGACAGCACGUCGUUACAACCUCAACCAACAAACGUCUAUUAAUGCAGAAAGCUAAAUUUCGUGCAUCUGUUUUUCUUAGUCCAUUAUUACUAGUUUUACUCCAUUUUUCUUUGAAGUAUGACUAACAAAUAAGUCUCAUCAUUGAAAACAAUUAAUUUAUUUUUUUCCAUGCUUUUCUAAUGUUUUGAGCUACUGCAAUCUUAAAUGUCGUAAUGUCGUGUUUCCCAAUAAAUAUUUUUCUAUUGAUUGUCUUUCUCCAACGAACCCCAAGUUGGUGAAAUUCAUGUCUCAUACUUUCUCUGCUACCUUUAGAGUUCAAUAAUUCUACAAAUUUCAGACGAAUCUUUUUAACAGUGGGAACCUGUUGCCCAGUAAGGUGAAAAUUGUUGGUAUAUCUCUUUUCGUAAUGUACCUUGGUCAGAUCCAUCUAAUUUAAUUUUGGACGAUUUUUCGUGUGUCGUUUGUUGGGUCUGUGAAAUCUAGAUAUUUGUAUAUUCUGAAUAUCACGACCUUCUUUGGCGGUUUUUGUACUCUGGAUAAACUGACGCAUGUAAACAUGUAUCCAUUUAAUAAUUGUUAACAUGUUAUACAACAAGAAAUCCUUGUAUAUUUUGGUGGUAGUCACUGUAAUUCAAUAAAUAGUGUAUUUAAAUUCACGAGAUUUUACACAUAGUGUUCUAUUUUUCACGGCAAUUGUAUUAUGCAUGUUUAUUUAAAAAAUAUUAAAUGUAGUCUAAACAAACAACUAUUCGACAAUUUUAUCUGGCAAUGUCGCAAAACCACGGAUUUCGUGCUUACAUGCAUUUUAAGUGGAUGUUUACUCUUUGCACCAACGCGUUCAAUUGAAGUCCCCUCUCCUUGAUUUGCUACCUGACCUUCGAGUGUCCUUUGCGGUUUCAUAUAUUACUGUAUACCUGUAUAUAGCUGGCGUUUUAUGCGUAUAAGCACGCGGAGCCAAUUUUUUAAUACGCAACGGAAUAUGGCAUCCUCUACAUUCAAAUUUUUGUUGCAUCAUUUGCACCCCAGAAUGAACUUGUACUAGCAUUUAUAGCGUUUUUAUUUUUGAUGGUUUUUAUCAUAAUUCGAUUUGUUCGAUAUUGCGACUAGUAUAGAGCGUUUCGGAGUGCAGAUUUCGUACUGAGAAGAAGGAAUUAUGCUUAAUAUGUAGAGAGAUUAGUGAAUUAUAUUUAAUUAUUUUGUAUCUAUAUUUUAUCGGUUUUCUUUAUAAUGUUUAUGUAAUAUAGAAUAAUUAAUAAAUAAGUGUUUAUUA